AUGUGUUGUAACUACUACGGCAGCUCCUGUGGCUAUGGCUCAGGCUAUGGCUGUGGCUACGGCUCAGGCUAUGGCUGUGGCUACGGCUCAGGCUAUGGCUGUGGCUAUGGCUCAGGCUAUGGCUCUGGCUAUGGCUGUGGCUACGGAUCUGGCUAUGGCUGUGGCUACGGAUCUGGCUAUGGCUGUGGCUAUGGAUCUGGCUAUGGCUGUGGCUACGGAUCUGGCUAUGGCUGUGGCUCCUAUUACAGGUCUAGCUGCUGUAGCUACCGACCAUCUUGCUACAGAAGAUGCUAUUCUUGCUGUUAG